AUGCUUCCACGGGAACCGUACAAGGGCUCAACGCGAAAGCUAGUGCUUGCAUUUGAUGUUGGAACCACGUUCAGUGGUGUCUCGUAUUGUAUGCUAGACCCAGGUGAGGUGCCUGUAAUUCGAGGAGUAACAAGAUAUCCUGCGCAAGAGAGUACCGGCGUAGGUGACUCCAAAAUACCAUCAAUUCUCUACUACGACCUUCAGGGUCACGUCCGCGCUGUGGGUGCUGAGACUUCACAACCGCAUAUUAUCGAACAGGCAGAAGACGAGGGAUGGGUGAAGCUCGCAUGGUAUGUAUAUCGUCGAGGAAAAAAUAUCGGCUGUAUAUUAAUCUUGGUCAGGUGGAAACUUCAUCUUCGCGCCAAGCAUCUGCCAUCGUCUCACAUACGGGAUAUCGAUAUAGAACCUCUCCCACAAGGCAAAUCCGCAGUAGAAGUCCUCGCCGACUUCAUGCGCUACCUCUUCCAAUGCGCUCGAACUUAUAUCCAGGAAUCACAUCUCAAUUUCUGGAGGUCGGUCGAGAACUCCAUUGAAUUUGUGCUCACACAUCCGAACGGUUGGGAAGGUCAACAACAACAACAAAUUAGACGUGCUGUCGAACUCGCUGGCCUCAUCUCAUCUAAGGAGGAGCAAUCGCACGUGCACCUCUUGACUGAGGGCGAAGCGAGUCUUCAUUUCUGUGUUAUUAACAUGUUUGCAUCGGAUACAUUCUCCCAAACACCCAUAGAUGGAGUCGUUGUUGUUGAUGCCGGAGGCGGAACCAUCGAUCUCAGCGCGUACUCGAUGAAGUUAUCUCCGACCUCUUUCGAGGAGAUUGCCCCAGCUGAAUGUUCCCUGCAAGGUUCAGUCUUUGUUACUAGUCGCGCUCGUACUCUUUUACAAAAGAAACUUUCGGGCUCGAAGCACUACUCCGACCCUAAGAUCGUUGCACAGAUGGCGGACAUCUUUGACAAAAGCACGAAACUUCGGUUCCGUAAGCCUGAUGAACCAUCUUACAUCAAGUUUGGUACCAUCCGCGACAAGGAUCUGAAGUAUGAUAUUCGAUCAGGGCAAUUAAAAUUGGCCGGCCAAGACAUUGCAGACUUGUUUGAACCAUCCAUCGAAGCUAUCAUCGAGGCUUUUGAGCAGCAGAGACGCGUGGCUUCGACUCCAAUUAGUUUGGUUUGUUUGGUUGGCGGUUUUGCCGCCAGUGACUGGCUGUUCACGAGACUCCAGGAAUAUUUUCUACCUCUAGGCAUCAGCUUCUGUCGCCCUGAUGCCCAUGUCAACAAGGCUGUUGCUGAUGGGGCAGUUUCGUUCUAUAUUGACCACCUAGUGUCCUCUCGAGUUGCACGCGCCACUUACGGCAUUGAAUGCAAUCCUAUAUACAACUCUCAAGAUCCUGAGCACCUGGCCCGACAAUAUAAAAGUUUCGGAACUCAAGUAUCUGAGCUGCGAGAAUUCCGGGAGUCUUUCCAUACUCUCCGAACAUCACUAGCUGCAUGUAAGACUCACAGCACGGACAUAAUGUGCUACAAGGGUGCGCUUCAGGAGCCACAGUGGUUGGACGUUGAACCGUGUAUGAAUUAUUCGCGGCUUGAUCACACUCAUCAAUCGGACUAUUAUGAGAUUGAAUUUGACGUCAUCAUUCUGUUCGGCCACACAGAAUUGAAGGCACAAAUCAGUUGGAAGGAAAAGGUCAGUAGCCAGCUCAAGCACCGUGUCUCUUGCUCAUGGUGGGAUUGCAGAUAUCCUGCGCAAGAGCAUGUCGGAGGUGACUCCAAAAUACCAUCAAUUCUCUACUACGACCUUCAGGGAGACGUCCGCGCCGUGGGUGCUGAGGCUCUACAAGAGCAUGUUAUCGAACAGGCAGAAGACGAGGGAUGGGUAAGGCUCGCAUGGUGGAAACUUCAUCUUCGCGCCAAGCAUCUGCCAUCAUCUCACAUACGGGAUGAUGAUAUAGAACCUCUCCCACAAGGCAAAUCCGCAGUAGAAGUUCUCGCCGACUUCAUGCGCUACCUCUUCCAAUGCGCUCGAACUUAUAUCCAGGAAUCACAUCCGCAUUUCUGGAGAUCGGUCGAGAACUCCAUUGAGUUCGUGCUCACACAUCCGAACGGUUGGGAAGGUCAACAACAACAACAAAUUAGACGUGCUGUCGAGCUCGCUGGUCUUAUCUCAUCUAAGGAGGAGCAAUCUCACGUGCACCUCUUGAAUGAGGGCGAAGCGAGUCUUCAUUUCUGUGUUACCAGCGAGGAUGAUCAAUCUGACAGCCAGGGAGUCAUUGUUGUUGAUGCCGGAGGCGGAACCAUCGAUCUCAGCGCCUACUCGAUGAAGUUAUCUCCGACCUCUUUCGAGGAGAUUGCCCCAGCUGAAUGUUGCCUGCAGGGCUCAGUCUUUGUUACUAGUCGCGCUCGUACUCUUUUACAAAGGAAGCUUUCGGGCUCGGAGCACUACUCCAACCCUAAGAUCAUCGCACAAAUGGUGGAUAUCUUCGACAAAAGCACGAAACUUCGGUUCCGUAAGCCCGAUGAGCCAUCUUACAUCAGGUUUGGUACUAUCCGUGACAAGGAUCCGAAGUACGACAUUCGAUCAGGGCAAUUGAAAUUGGCCGGGUUCGACGUCGCCGACUUGUUUGAACCAUCCAUCGAAGCUAUCGUUGAGGCUUUUGAGCAGCAGAGACGCGUGGCUUUGACUCCAAUUAGUAUGGUUUGCUUGGUUGGCGGUUUUGCCGCCAGUGACUGGCUGUUCACGAGACUCCAGGAAUAUUUUCUACCUCUAGGCAUCACCCUCUGUCGCCCUGAUGCUCAUGUCAACAAGGCUGUUGCUGAUGGGGCAGUUUCGUUCUAUAUUGACCACCUAGUGUCCUCUCGAGUUGCACGCGCCACUUACGGCAUUGAAUGCAACAUUCUUUACGACUUUCUAGAUCCUGAGCACCUGGCUCGACGAUAUAAAAGUUACAUCAAUGUCGCCGGCAAACGACGUAUCCAUGGUUAUUUUGAGAGUAUCUUGCUGAAGGGAACUCAAGUAUCUGAGCUACGUGAAUUCCGCAAGCCUUUCCAUACUAUCCGAACAUCACUUGCUGCAUGUAAAAGUCACAGCGCGGACAUACUGUGCUACAAGGGUGCGCUCCAGGAGCCACAGUGGUUGGACGUUGAACCGUCCUCAUUCUCCACGCUGUGUACCAUUCAUGCCGACCUCGGCGAGUUAUCUCGAACGCUUCGUCCCAAGAAAUCUGCUACAGAUCAAUCGAACUAUUAUCAGAUUGAAUUUGACGUCAUCAUUUUGUUUGGUCACACAGAACUGAAAGCACAAAUCAGUUGGAAGGAAAAGGUUCGCGACUCAUUUUCACUUAUUUACAUCCUCGCUGAUCGAGAACGUUGCAAAGGGUGUUGA